AUGGCCUGUGGGACGAUGGACGAUGAUGCCCUGCAGGAGCACAGUCUCUCCUCCAACGCAACUUGUCCCGCGGGCUGCACUUGCGGGCUCCUUCGUUCAACGCACCUGCAUCGCCUCCUCAACGCCUUCCACUGCUCCUUCGCCGACAUGAAAUCCUUCCCUCCAAAUAUCCCGCUAGAUAUCCAAGCUCUCGCACUCAAGGGGAACUCGAUCAGAAACAUUCCAGAUCGUGUUUCAAGACUGACGGAGCUCCGAGAACUCGAAUUGUCAGGGAACAGCAUUAGUUCUUUAGGGAGAGGAGGAAUGUUCCAGAACAUGUCAAGAUUAGAGUACCUCAACAUGGGCAAGAAUGCAAUCUCGACCAUAUUCCACGACAACCUCUUGGGUCUCAAAAACCUGGAGCAACUCGUUCUUGCCAGUAAUAAGCUAACCUACAUCGAGGACGGGGCCUUUGCUGAUCUGACCCACUUGCUGAUUGAGACUCGGAACAAUUUACUCGGGUCAUUGUACGCCGAGUGGUUCCAAGAACUCAACUUUGCCUACAAUAAGGUCCACAACAUCCCAGCAUCGGUAUUCCUUCAUCUACAGUCACUUGAACGCCUUGACCUCACGGGAAAUCGUCUUUCAACUGUGAGUCCCAGAGCUUUUGCUGGCCUUUCAAACCUCCAGCAUCUAAUUCUGAAAGAUAAUUUCCUUUCUAGGAUCCCCAGUGCAGCCUUUCAGAGCUUGUCGUCCCUCGUGACGUUGAUUUUGGAUCGAAAUCCCCUCGUCAAAAUCAAGCAGCUAGACUUCUCCAACCUCAGCGCAACCAAGAUCAGCCUCUGCCAAAUGCCAAAGCUUGAAAUUAUUGAUUCGAAUGGGUUUUAUGACCUUGCUAACGUAACUACAAUAGAGGUCACUCACAACAGUAAAUUGGCAUAUGUGGAUCCUUUUGCCUUCGUAAAUGUAGAAGGACUGAAGGACCUGCAGCUCCAUAAUAAUAACCUUAGAGGGAUAGAUAAGGAAAUGGCUGAUUUUCUACCUGAAGGAGUUCAGGUUUCUUUGUACAAUAACCCUUUACAUUGUGAUUGCAAUAUACGAUGGCUUCGUCAGUUGAUGGAUGAAAGAGAAAAUGCAAGUGUGAUUUUAGUGGAACCUGAGCAUCUUACCUGUGGUAGCCCCCUUCCGUUUGCUUACAAACUUUUGAAAGAUAUUUUUCCGACAGAGCUUCCAAAAACCUGUCUUCCAGUUGUGCUCAAUUUAACACAAACACAAUCUAUAGUUAGAGAAGUUGGUGAAAAACAAGUCUUGGAAUGUCGUGCACUGGGUUCCCCAAGACCCCAUCUGCGGUGGAUUUUGCCGGACGGUUCGCUGGUGAACUCCACCCUGAACGAGGUUCGGCGGCGGUUCUUCCCUCCCGGAACCCUCGUGUACUACCACCUGAAGCCACGGGACGGGGGCACGUACACCUGCGUGGCCGAGAACUCCGUCGGCGAGACCAGGAGUUCUCUCACCCUCAACGUCACGGGCAUCGACAUCCACCUGUUCCCCAUCCGCAUGUCGUCGACGCUGGUGACCCUUAUGUGGAACGGAACAGAAUGUCGAGCGUUUCCCUCGUACAAGAUUGCCUUCAGCCGAAUCGACGCCAACGGGACGGACGUCGGGGAGAGGAGAUCCAGGAACGCAGAUCCCAACAGCAAGGUCUUCUCCAUCACAGGCCUUCACCCGGCCUCCACCUACCGCUUCUGCAUCGGCUACGAAGACGCUGAGGGCUACUGGCUCCAGAUUUCUUGCUGCGUCGCCAACACGGAAGACGUUCAGCACAGGAAGCAGGGACUUUCUCGCCUGGCCAACGUGGCUGUCGCUGCUGUGGUGGUCCUCUUGCUCGCGGCGACCUUGCUCGGCCACCUGGUGUCGCUGGCGGUCAGGAAAUAUCGGCAGAGGAGCUACCAGACAACGGACAAAGUAGGCGAGGACUCCAGUAUCCCGCUGGAUAACAUGUACCGCCCUCUCCUCAUGGGUUCGGACGAUAGAAAGAUCUCAUGAGAGGGCGCGCACACGCACGCACACACACACGCACCCGCACACAUAACUAUACACACACACUCACACGCUGCCGAGUAAACCUAAAGAAACACAAUAGAAAUAUACUACAAAAUUAAACAUACAUUUUUCCAUGCCAUAACAUAGUAAUUCAGAUGUGUAGUUGCUAAUAGACGCAUUUCCGGCCAUUUUACAUUUGUUUAUAUAA